CUUGGCAGGCCCUUUCUCUCCGAUGGAGAGAUGCCAGACAGCUGGAACACAUCUUCUGACAGCAUAGAAGCUCGCACCGCUGGCAUUGUUGUGCCUGUGGUCUUCUCACUCAUCUUUCUCGUGGGCACAGUUGGGAAUGGCCUGGUGCUGGCUGUGCUCCUCCGCAACGGGCAGGUGAAAUACAACACCACCAACCUGUUCAUCCUCAACUUGGCUGUGGCAGACCUCUGCUUCAUCCUCUUCUGCGUCCCUUUCCAAGCCACCAUCUACACACUGGAUGGGUGGCUCUUUGGGGCCUUCGCCUGCAAGGCGGUGCACUUCCUCAUCUACCUCACCAUGUACGCCAGCAGUUUCACCCUGGCAGCUGUCUCGGUGGACAGGUAUUUGGCUAUCCGUUACCCACUGAAAUCCCGGGAUCUCCGCACCUCCCGCAAUGCAGCUCUUGCCAUCAUCAUGAUCUGGACAGUGUCACUGCUUUUUGCAGGGCCGUACCUCAGCUACUACCAAAUAGUUCACUACCAGGAGGUCCCCAUUUGCGUCCCUAUUUGGGAAGACCAACGCCGCAAAAUUUUGGAUAUUCUCACCUUUGUAUUUGGCUACAUCCUUCCCGUCAUUGUCGUCAGUCUGGCUUAUGCUAGGACUAUUAAAUUCUUGUGGACGGCUGUGGACCCCAUUGAGAGAAUCUCAGAGUCCCGUAAAGCCAAGCGCAGGGUCACCAAGAUGAUUAUUGCUGUGGCCGUCCUCUUCUGCCUGUGCUGGCUGCCACACCACCUGGUAAUCUUGUGCUUCUGGUUUGGCUACUUCCCCUUUAACCGAGCUACCUAUGCCUGCCGCCUGGCCUCUCACUGCCUGUCCUAUGCCAAUUCCUGCCUCAACCCCAUCGUUUAUGCUCUGAUCUCUAAGCACUUCCGCAGAAGGUUCAAGCAGGUCUUCACCUGCCUUCUCUUCCAGGGCAAGAACAGAAAGAAGCAGACGGGCAACAAGGUCCAUGUGGCCAAUGUCCCCAAUGGUUUAGCCAACCACACAGCAGGCGCCUAUGGAGGGAACACUGAGGUAACUCAGCUUCAUGAGGAAAAUAUGAGAUGCUACCAGGGCCUGUUGCUGAAGGAAGCUGAAGGGGUUCUCCCAGAGGCACUGCCACAUCUGUUGCAAGAUACCGCCCUCUGUGAUGAGAGCAGGCUAAUGGAUGAAGAGGGUUCUGGAGCAACGGGGAACAACGCCCUGGCUGUGGCAGCCUCUGGAGGGCUGUAAGCUUAAGACAUUCAGGGCCACCUCAAGACAUUUUGCACGCUGUGGUGAAGGACAAGGUGGCACCUCUCCGUUCCACCUUCAGAAGCCAGCCAGACUGGCAGCUGACGCUUAUGUCCACACAGGUGAUGGGACAGGAUUGUCCACCAGACCUGGGUGUAGCAGGAAAAAUGGCUGCCUGAAACACACAGCGCUAUCUUCCAACAGAAGAAAAACAGCUGAGGAGCUGCCCCUCACAUUGUCCAACAUCUGCUGCCUGAGAUCACUGUUUCACUUUGCUUCACAGUAGGACUAGCCCUGCCUGCUAAAUACCUAGGGUAGGUGAUGUAAACAGAGGGGCAAAUGGCAGCCAUAUUCCCACCUGCGUGAAAUAUCAGUGGGGAACAGGUUGUUUCUAGUAAGCUUUCUUCAGUACACCCAAACUAUUCAUAUUCUUCAGAGAGAACAUCAACAUUUACCAACAGGGGCUUUAUUUUAAUAGUUCCAGUUACACCAUUCUUGCAUCAAUGGCUAAAAAAACACUUGAUGAAACUUCCAAAGGUUAUGACUACAUACUAUUGUAGAAAAAAAUAGCACAUGGAUACAGAAGUGGGUGUUCAUUUUUCAACUCUGCCCCUUCAUUUCUACAAAGCUGCAUGCAGAACCUGGGGACUCCCUCUUCCCAUUCACCACGCUAUUCUUCAUAGAUUUUUGGUUUGAUUUCUUGCCUCAGGGGUCUGCAAACAUUUUCAAAAGCUUUUCAACCGUUUAAAAUUGUUCCAAAGGGGAGGUAUGCGAUUAACACAAAAGCUGGCCAAUAGUGCUGUGCAAAUAAUAGCUUCUGCUGAAAACCAGAAGUGCACAGCUGAGGAGCUACAACUAACCUUUGAUGUGUAUCCCCAGCCCAAAUCUGGAGAGCUAUUGUGUCUACAAUACAUUUUGUUUUGGGAGGUAAGCGGGUGGGUUGUCGUAAGGUUGUGAUGGGGUUCCUGGAGCAUGGGAAAGGGAAACAAAGUUAAUUUUUUCUUUCUCAUUUCCCUGAACUAUCAGGCUGACAGUGUUGAGAGGAAAGUUUUCAACCUCCUGGCACGGAUCCCCACAUCCACAUGCGCUAAUUCAGUGCACUCUGAGGGAUGGGUUGAAGUCCAGUGAGAACACCCAUGUUUUGCAUGCAGAGCUGAUGAUUCCAAUUCUUGGCAUCUCCAGGCAAGGCUGGAAAAAUUCCUGCCUGAAAGCCUGGAAAGCCUUGGCCGCCAGUCAGUGUGGACAACACUGGCCUAGAUGGGGCCAUGGUCUGACUCAGUAUAUAGCAGCGACUUUUCUCCUUGUGACACAUAACUUGCUAGGGAUUCUAACAGAUCCAUCCAGCCACUGUUAUCUUUUUUCCUCCUCAAACUUUAACAUUCUGCAGCUCAAUAGCUUUUAUGGUUCCAUAGGUCCCAGAAGUCUAGGUCCUGGUUGGUCUUUUGUUUUGCUUUUUAAUUUAAAUUUAUAAACUAACAUACUUCUGCAUAGCUAAGCUAGGAAUGUGCAAAAUCUGCCAAUGUUGUUUUAGAUUACCCCGUUUCACUCCCAAAAUGAUAGGUACAGGACCACCUGAAUAUUGAGUGUGUUGUUACAGCCAGAUCACUGCUAAAUUGAUAACACAGACAUUUGUUGGGCAGCCCAAAGGUUUCUGUGAGAAUGAAACAUUAAAAAUGGACUAAAUUUCCUGUAUGGAGUUGAACAGCUCUUGUUACCGAGAAGGAAGCAGAAGCUGUUAGGGAUAAAUUUUGUUUGUUUGUUUGUUUGUUUGUUUAUUAUUUC